GUCAUAGCCGGUGUCGCUGUACCAAAAUGGCGACCUCGUUGAGAGAAAAACAAAUCGCUUCUUUGAAGCGAAUGUUGAAUUUUAAUAUACCCUUAAACAAAACAAGCAAUGUUGAACCACAGUGGAAGGUUCUUGUGUACGAUCGCUUCGGCCAAGACAUCAUAUCGCCUUUGCUCGGCGUGAAAGAGCUACGCGACAUGGGUGUAACACUACAUCUGAAUUUGCACUCAGACCGGGACACCAUACCAGAUGUUCCCGCUGUGUAUUUCGUUAUGCCAACAGACGAUAAUGUUCAGAGAAUAUGUAGAGACCUUCAGAACCAAUUGUAUGAGUCCUACUACCUUAAUUUCAUCUCUGCUAUCCCAAGACAGAAACUGGAAGAUUUGGCCGGUGCUGCCAUAAACAGUAACAGCGUUCCACAGGUUUCGAAAGUCUUUGAUCAGUAUUUGAACUUUAUUUCUUUGGAAGAUGACAUGUUUACAUUAAGACAUCAAGAUCGGGAGAGUAUAUCAUACUAUUCAAUCAAUCGUGGUGAUGUCAAAGAUACAGAAAUGGAACAAAUUAUGGACACAUUAGUUGACAGUUUAUUUUCUGUGUUUGUUACGUUAGGAACUGUGCCAAUUAUUCGAUGUCCUAGAGGAAAUGCUGCUGAAAUGGUUGGAGAAAAGCUAGACAAAAAGUUGCGUGAAAAUCUUAGAGAUGCUAGAAACAGUUUCUUUACAUCCGACAGUGUUCAGGCAGGGCAGUUCAGUUUUCAACGUCCUCUCUUGGUUCUCUUGGAUAGAAACCUUGACAUAGCAACAAUGCUGCAUCACACUUGGACAUACCAGGCCCUAAGUCAUGAUGUCCUGGACUUUAAAUUGAACCGGGUAGAAAUAGAAGAGGCAACAGAAGUGAGGUCUCCCGGUGGAACGCGGCCUGCCAAAAAGAAAAAAUCAUACGACAUGCAUACUACUGACAGGUUCUGGCAGUUACAGAAGGGCAAUCCUUUUCCCACAGUAGCAGAAGCUGUGCAGGAAGAGCUGGAUGCUUACCGAGCUAAGGAAGACGAAGUCAAAAGCCUGAAGGCUGCAAUGGGUAUAGAGGGCGAGGACGAAUCUGCUAUCAGCAUGCUGUCGGACAAUACAGCAAAGUUGACCUCGGCCGUUAGCUCUUUACCGGAACUCCUAGAAAAGAAACGGCUGAUUGACAUGCACACUAACAUUGCUACUGCUCUUCUCGAUCAGAUUAAAAGUCGUAAGUUGGACGUUUAUUUUGAAACUGAAGAAAAGCUAAUGAGCAAAGCCAUGCUAGAUAAUCUAAUGGAGAUUAUAUCCGAUCCUGAAGCUGGGACACCGGAAGAUAAACUUAGGUUAUUUUUAAUAGCACUUAUCUGUGGACCAACUUUGAGUGAUGCUCAGAUUGAUCAGUACAGUGUUGCACUAGAGGGCGCUAACUGUGAUAUAUCGGCACUGCAGUAUAUCCGCAGAUGGAAAGCUUACACGAAAAUGACGGCGGCACCAAGUCAGUAUGGUGGGGGCGGCACUAAAACUGUGAACAUGUUCUCAAAAUUGAUGUCACAGGGAUCGCAAUUUUUCAUGGAAGGUGUGAAAAAUCUUGUAAUUAAGAGGCAUAACCUCCCGGCAACACGAAUCGUAGAUGCUCUUAUGGAAAUGAAAACGAUGCAAGACAUUGAAGAUUAUCGUUACUUUGAUCCGAAACUUUUGCGAGCUGAUUCCUCUAUUCCGCGAAACAAGUCACCAUUCCAGGAAGCCUAUGUGUUCGUAGUAGGUGGGGGUAAUUAUAUAGAGUACCAGAAUCUUGUAGACUAUGCUAAGGGAAAGUCUGCUACAACACCAAAGAGAGUCGUUUACGGCUGUAGUGACUUGUCAAAUGCGUCACAGUUCCUCAAACAGUUGUCAAGGCUAGGUCAAGAAAUGUGAAGCUGUAGAUAUCAACUUCAAAAUAGUACAAGCUUAUAUUAAGAUUGUCAUACUUGGCAAAGUGUUGGUAACUAACCGUAACAAGUCUGUUUUAAAGAGUUAAAUUAGGUACUUUAUUCAUAACGUUUUUGUGCAUGAUCAACUGAAGAAAACAUACUAAGCUUUUCGAGAAAUCUGAAUUGUCUUGCUAUAUACUGAUUUUGAGUUUACAUUCUUUGAAAAUGUAUUUAUAAAAAAUGCAAGGAAACUAUCAAGGAAGUUAUUUUUUCACUUUGGUAUAUACAUUGUAAUUUUAAUAAAUAUGUUUUCAUGAUAGCCCUGUAAUUGAUUCAAAGUUUUGUCAUAUUUGUCCAAGAGCUAAAAGGACAGAUUGAGGGUCCAUGGAAAGGCUUUUGUGAAAACAAAUGUUCAUUAACAAUUUAUAACAUUAGAAAAUUCAUGUACAUAUUAUAUACUUGUAAAUUGUCUGAUGGGAAAACUCCCAACCCGGUGUUUACAAUCAUUACCGACAUUUGUGGUGUUGCCAAUGACAAAAGUGAAGAAUGAGAGGCUGUACUGACCAGGUUUUACAGGUAACAUCAGGGUGAUGCCUGUAUUUAAUGCCCUGUCAGUACAGACCUGUCAGAUAACGUGCAUGCUGGUGUAAUAAUACAUUGGCUAGAUUAUACAUAAUAGGGACUAUUUAUUUAAAUUGUUAUAAUCAUGUAAUAAGAGUUGACUAAAUGAAAAUAAAUGGUUUUGAGAUUAUUUGGAGAAAACAGGUUGCUGAAAAAAAUAGUAGCUCCCUGUGCCACAACAACUUACAUGUAUAUAUUGAAGUAAAUUAUUUUCAAAUUUCAUGAAAAGAGUGCUAUCAGUGAUUUAAACUGUAAAAUUAAAAAUUUUUGCAAAGGAUUAACUUUUGCUAUACUCGCUAUUAAGUGUACAUAUUUAUACAUUCGCAAAAAUGAAUAUUCUUGAAAGUGCUAUUAUGAUUUUAAAACUACCUGCUCAGAGUUUGGGUGAAAUUUCAGUGUGUUCAUUUCCACUAACUUUGACAUACAUUAUAUAAAAUUAUGAUAAAUGACACCGAAAAAUGUUAAAGUGAGUGAAAGGAAGUGUUGGGUAGUUGUAAAAAGCAAGAAAAUUGUUGAUUUUCUCUGUUAUUUCAAAAGUGUUAUGAAGAUUUGCCCCCCUCUGCACAAUAAUAUUAGUAAUUAAAUAGAAGAAUGUCGUGCAACAUUGGUUUGUCAGUAAGUUUUUACAACAUGUCGCUUUUCACAGCACCCACAUUAUAUGAAUUUUUGAGAGAGAAAAAAAUAUUCACCUAAAAUGUGUGAGCAAGUCGCUUUAAAUAGUACAUUUUUCACAAGCUGGCCAUAUUUGUGAAUAUACUACCAAGCAAACUUCUUUCAAUUGUAAAGUCUUUAAAAUUUGUAAAAUGAAAUUUAAGCCUUGCUAAAACGUUUUAUUUUACUAAUAAUUUUUAAAGGAAGUGCAUGAAUGUGUCAGUAAAUUCAGAGAAUGUGCUUUGCAUUGUUAAUAGGGGUGACUAUUUAUUUGAUAAAGAGAUAUUUAUUAAUUAUCAUUAAUAUUUGGUUAUAAGUGUUUUGUUGUUAUGAUUAGAUGGGGAAUGUGUGUUUUCCAACCAACUCUUGUUCUACAGAAGUUAAGCUGUUUUCUGAAAGAAUGUCAGAAUGGUGUCUUUAAUAAUGAUAUCCAUGAUCAUAAGUCAGUUAAUAUUAAUUUAUACAUUUAUUGACUGGAGAGCCGUUCAAUAAAUGUUUUAUUAUAUGGUGUAGAAAUAAAUUUUUACAUAUUUCAAGUAUUGACUUUAAUAAUCAUAUCUUCUAUUUAGGCUAUGUGGCACUCACACACUGUUUUAUAAACUUAAUGACAUCUUAUUGAAUAAAGAGGAAAACUUGCAAAUGAGGUAUAUAAUAUACAUUUAUAUGACAGAAAAGUCAUUCAAUAAGUGUUUAAUUUAUUACAUGCCAAUAGAAUUCAAAUGAAUUUUGAUAAGAUUUUCCUUCAAGUUUUGACUAGCUAACAGCGCAAACUAUGGACCAGAGAUUUAUGUAAGGAGUCGUGUAAUAAUAUGUAUUUAUAAUUUUAUUCAGUGGGUUGCCAGCCAAUAGUCAAAAAUAUUUACCCAAGUUACAAUGGACAAAGGUCAUAUAGUUGUCCAUCCAUCAACUUGGACAAUACAUUAAAUUUUGUACCAUUAACUGUUAAAAGGGGUGCAUACCAAAAAGAUACUGACAGAAUGGCAAAAAGUAGAUCAUGAUCAGCCUGCACAUACAUGCAGUAUGAUCAUGAUCUGCACUGCUCGCAAAGGUAGAAUCAGUUGUGUCUAGCAUGAAAAGGGUUAAGAAAUCCUGGUUACUUACAAAUUUAAUGUUAUUGCCAAUCUUGACACUUAAUAAUAUUGAUAACUUUAAAUAUAUCUGCUAUAUAUAUUUUUCAAUCCAGAGUAACUUAACAAAAAUGGUGGAGAAAACGGUUUCAUUCUGUAGGUUGUAUUUGCCUCAAAUUUUGUGCUCUAACCUAAUUAUUGUGCACUGAUAUAGUGGUUAUGGUCGCUGACUUCAAAUAUCUUGCUCCUCACAGAUUUGGGAUUGAGCCUCACUCGGGGCAUUGAAUUCUUCAUGUGAGGAAGCCUUCAGCUAGCUUACGGAAAGUCGGUUGUUCUAUCCAGGUGCUGGCCUGUGAUGAAAUAAUGCACAGAUGGGCAUCUUGGGACUUCCUCCGCUAUCAAAGCUGGAAAGUGUGACCUUAAACCCAACAAAUAAAUUGAUUUUCAUUUUUCUGUUGAUAAGUCUAGCAAGUCUUGUUGAAAUGAUUAUUCUAAUAUGAGGAACUUCUGUAAUAAUACAUGCUAUAUAUAUGUCCAGGAACUUGUGAUAAUUGCUAAAACAUUUCGAAUGAGUCUUAAAGGGACACGCCUCCAGUUUAUGUAUAUUUUGAAAGUCAUUUAAUUUAUUAAUUAUUAUUGAUAAUAAAUUGAAGGAAGAUGUUUCAAUGAGUUCUGUUUAGUAUUUGUUUUGACAAACACAGUAAAAUAAUGUGAAACUGUAUAAUUUUGUUGGCACACACUUUCAUGACAUUGGCAGAAACAGCUAUUUAAGUAUGACAGUUGAAAAUAAAAUGAUUUGGAAUUUUAAUAUGUAAUUUAGAUUACAUUUCGUGGACUGAUAAUUAACAAUGAAAUCCACAAAAAUUAGUCCCAAUGAAAAGUAAUGAUUCCACAGUAUGUAGAAAAUGUAGAAAAGCUCCCAAAAGCAUUAGUCACACAGUAGAAAUGUGAAAAUGAGGGAAUAUACAUUUUUUUUCACACAUUUCUAAAAUAUUAACAUUCUGACGAAAAUUUUGAGGUUGGUCCCUUUAACUUCACAUGUACUUGCUUGUUUAAAACUAAACUUUAAUGUUAUGAAUGAUGGUAUAUUACAAUUACUCUCUACUUCAUAGUUAUGAUCAUUAUGAAAAAUGUGCAAUGAUCAGAAGUGGUUAUCAAAUUGAGUUUUAAAUUAGUGAAUAUGAAUAAAAUCAGCUAUAUUUGUAA